UGACGCAGGUCAGCUGACUGCGGAGGAUCUGACCUUCUGUCGCUGCUUCUCCGUUUCGCUGUUACACGGUUCUGUCCCGGUUUGUCCCGAUCCUAAGAUGGCGUCUCAGUCCCAGGGCAUCCAGCAGCUGCUGCAGGCGGAGAAGAGAGCGGCCGAGAAGGUGGCAGAGGCCCGCAAACGUAAGAAUCGUCGUCUGAAACAGGCCAAAGAAGAAGCCCAGGCCGAGAUCGAACAGUACAGACUCCAGAGAGAGAAGGAGUUCAAGACCAAAGAGGCCGCGGCUCUGGGUUCCCAUGGUAACAGUGCGGUGGAGGUCGACCGGGACACGGUCGAGCGGAUGAACCGGAUCCACGCCAGCUUCAAAGGAAACAAGGACGCCGUCCUGAAUGAGCUCCUGAAGAGAGUGUGCGACAUCCAGCCCGAGUUCCACGCCAACUACAGGGUCCAGGGUUAGACACGGGGACCGACACGGGGACCGACCCCGGGACCGACCCCGGGACCGACCCCGGGACCUAAACGCCCCGGUCCGGCUGAAGUCCGGUUCUCUUCAUAUGUGGUGUUUCUGGUACAAAGUUCUAUUUGUGUUUUGUGAAAAUAAAUUGUCUUUUUGUUUUAUUUAUAAAUAUUGUCUUUGUGGUGAGGCUCUUGACCAAUCAGGAGUGAGUAUUGUGACCAAUCAGGAGUGAGUAUUGUGACCAAUCAGGAGUGAGUAUUGUGACCAAUCAGGAGUGAGUAUUGUGAGCAUGUGACCGAGGAUUAAAUGUACAAAUAAAAAAAUCAAAACUUUUCA